GUAGGCUAGAAGAGAUCCGAUUUCUCUCUCCUCCGCCACCACCAUCUUUGAGAUAAAACACUGGCUUUAGGUUUCCAGCAGCAGAGGGCUGGCGCUGCAGUUGCGCUGGCACACAUUCAACGUGGGUGCACACAGUGAGUGAGCGAGACCCGCCGCAUCUUGUGGAUUUCUUUGCGUACAAGCCCGUGUACAUGGUUCUCCCCGCCUUCCCUCUGUCACAUCCAGACCAGGAGUUGAUUUCACUUCUCGGAGAAAAAUGUGGCAUCGCAGAAUAGCGACAGUCCUUGUUUUAUUGUAUUUUUGGGGCGACUCGCUGGCAGGGUUUCCAAACCAAAUCAACAUUGGUGGACUGUUCAUGCGCUCUACCGUGCAGGAGCACAGCGCCUUCAGGUUUGCUGUCCAGCUGUAUAACACCAACCAGAAUGCGACGGAGAAACCCUUCCACCUCAAUUACAAUGUUGACAACCUGGAGUCCUCCAACAGCUUCUCUGUCACACACGCCUUCUGCUCCCAGUUCUCCCGGGGAGUCUACGCCAUCCUCGGCUUCUACGACAGGAGGUCCAUGAACACGUUGACCUCCUUCUGUGGGGCGCUGCACACCUCCUUCAUUACUCCCAGCUUCCCCAUCGACGCUGACGUGCAGUUUGUCAUCCAGAUGAGGCCUGGUUUGCGAGGAGCUGUUCUCAGUCUGCUGGACCAUUACAAGUGGGAGAAGUUUGUCUACCUUUACGACACCGACAGAGGUUUUGCGAUCCUCCAGGCCAUCAUGGAGUCGGCUGUAGCCAAUAACUGGCAGGUGACAGCUCGCUCGGUGGGGAACAUUGUGGACCCUACGGAGUACAGACGCAUCAUCGAGGAGAUGGACCGCCGGCAAGAGAAACGCUUUCUCAUUGACUGUGAGGUGGGCAGGAUCAACUCCAUACUGGAGCAGGUGGUGACCUCGGGAAAAAACAGCAGAGGAUACCAUUAUAUCCUUGCCAACCUGGGUUUUUCCAACAUGAGCCUGGACAGGGUCUUUUCUGGUGGAGCCAACAUCACAGGCUUCCAGAUCAUCAACCCAGACAGCCCCAUCGUCCAGCAGUUCCUCCAGCGCUGGGAGCGCCUGGAUGAAAGAGAAUUUCCAGAAGCCAAAAACACUCCACUGAAGUACACAUCAGCGCUGACCCACGAUGCCAUCCUCGUGAUCGCGGAGGCCUUCCGGUACCUUCGGCGCCAGCGAGUGGACGUGUCUCGCAGGGGGAGUGCAGGCGACUGCCUUGCCAACCCUGCUGUGCCCUGGAGCCAAGGCAUCGACAUAGAGAGAGCCCUCAAAAUGGUCCAAGUACAAGGUAUGACAGGAAACAUCCAGUUUGACACAUUUGGUCGACGAUCUAAUUACACAAUUGAUGUGUACGAGAUGAAGUCUGGAGGCCCCAGGAAGAUCGGCUACUGGAAUGAGUACGAAAAAUUUGUAUUUAUAAUGGAUCAGCAAGUCACCAACGAGUCCUCUUCUGUGGAAAACCGAACAAUUGUGGUCACUACUAUUAUGGAAGCUCCAUAUGUGAUGUACAAGAAAAACUAUAUGCAGAUGGAUGGGAAUGACAGAUAUGAAGGCUACUGUGUCGAUUUAGCUUCUGAAAUUGCUAAACAUGUGGGGAUAAGAUAUAAGCUGUCAGUAGUCCCGGAUGGGAAGUACGGCGCCAGAGAUCCAGAGACCAAGACGUGGAACGGGAUGGUGGGUGAACUGGUUUAUGGGAGAGCUGACAUAGCCGUGGCUCCUCUAACUAUAACGUUGGUACGGGAAGAAGUGAUAGACUUCUCUAAGCCCUUUAUGAGCUUGGGCAUCUCCAUUAUGAUUAAGAAGCCUCAAAAGUCCAAGCCUGGGGUGUUUUCCUUCCUGGACCCACUGGCCUAUGAGAUUUGGAUGUGUAUAGUUUUUGCCUAUAUCGGCGUGAGUGUGGUGCUCUUCCUGGUGAGCCGAUUCAGCCCUUACGAGUGGCAUCUGGACGAGAAUGAUGAGGCCAAAGACCCUCAGAGCCCCCCAGACCCUCCAAACGACUUUGGGAUUUUUAAUAGCCUGUGGUUCUCCCUGGGUGCCUUCAUGCAGCAAGGAUGCGAUAUCUCACCAAGAUCUCUGUCCGGGCGUAUCGUCGGAGGAGUGUGGUGGUUUUUCACCCUCAUCAUCAUCUCCUCCUACACGGCUAACCUGGCUGCCUUCCUCACCGUGGAGAGGAUGGUUUCUCCCAUCGAGAGUGCCGAGGACCUGGCCAAGCAGACAGAGAUUGCCUAUGGGACGUUAGACUCAGGCUCCACUAAGGAGUUCUUUAGGCGCUCCAAAAUAGCAGUUUAUGAGAAAAUGUGGUCAUACAUGAAAUCAGCUGAACCAUCAGUGUUUGCCAAGACAACACCAGAUGGGGUUGCCAGGGUACGAAAGUCGAAGGGCAAGUUCGCCUUUCUACUCGAAUCCACAAUGAACGAGUACAUAGAGCAGCGGAAACCCUGUGACACCAUGAAAGUGGGCGGCAACCUCGACUCUAAGGGCUAUGGUGUGGCCACACCUAAAGGCUCUGCAUUAAGAACUCCUGUAAACCUUGCAGUAUUGAAACUCAGUGAACAAGGCAUCUUAGACAAGCUGAAAAACAAAUGGUGGUACGAUAAGGGUGAAUGUGGAACCAAGGACUCUGGAAGUAAGGACAAGACAAGUGCAUUAAGCCUAAGCAACGUGGCAGGAGUCUUCUAUAUUCUGGUCGGGGGGCUUGGCCUGGCUAUGACUGUGGCUUUGAUUGAGUUCUGCUAUAAAUCACGGCAAGAAACCAAAAGACUGAAGCUGGCAAAGAAUGCUCAAAACUUUAAGCCAGCCCCUCCGGCAAACACCCAGAAUUUUGCCACGUACCGUGAAGGCUACAACGUGUACGGGACAGAGAGUGUUAAGAUCUAGAGGCGGCGAAACGUGUUGAUUCCCACUGGUGCAUCUGGAUGGAAACAGCCACUGUGUGUGACCCCGACACCCCAAGGCUGGCAUCCUGGAGGCAACAGCCUUCUUUGUCAUCAGCUUGGACACAAGCCUACAAGUCAACAAGUGCUCAUUCUGCGUUGUGAGGCCUGUCACACUAACAGAGGGCAAUGUCGCAACAGGACUUUUGCUUCUGGAAACAUGAGAUUUGCCUCUUGUAGUGCCUUAUGGAGCAUUUUAGCGUCAUAACAAUGCAAUUAAAAUUGAAUUCACUUGAAAAAGAAAAUCUGUGGAACUAUAGGGCAAAAACAUUGCUUCAUAUGACAAUUUGAACUGUUGUAAUUUCCGUUGUUUUCUAUUUUUAAGAAGAAGAAAAAAGCCAUGAUUUGCAAUCGAAACAUCCUGGAGUACUUAUUAGGUCAUUUGAAUCCUUUACAGACAUUUUUGUGGUGAUAUCUUAAGUUGGAUAAAUGUUAUAUUUAGUGAAGUAAAGUCAUUUUCUUGUUUUACUAUAAGACUACUUUUAGUUUCAUAAGAUUUAGGAUCAAGCAUCAAUCAAUAGGGUUAAGCAUCAAUUAAAGUGACAAAAUUGUACCCCAUUUUUAACUCAGAAAAUGUCAAUAAUGUGAAAGUAGAGGUCAUCUGAAACUGCUUAGGUGGUGUUAUUUUCAAAGCCUGUUGGACAUCGUACACAACUGACUGUAUUCACUUAGAUGCUUGUUUUAAAUCAACUGCCACUAUUUGGAAACAAGACAAGUUUUUUUAUGAGAUGAUGAAAUGAGGUCCGCUUUUAAUCACUUAGUGCCAUAUUGUUGAAAUCAAAAGCAUUAUAAAUCCUUUAGAGUCUCUAACAGUGACCCCUUUUUAUGUGACAGCAUAUACAAAUGGUUUAACUGAGCUUAUGGUUUACACACUUUGUACACACUUAGAAGCUGUUCUCAUGUAAAUGCAGUAUCUGCAGCUGUGAAUCUCGACAUUUUUGGUUAAUGAUAACACACCAUAGCUUCUUUGGUUGUGAUAAGCUUUCUGUGUGUAUGCAUCAUGCAGAAGGUACACUGUACAUUGAGGAAAAGAGCUACAAAUGAAAUGUUUGUCUGUUUGUAUAAGUGAACUUUUUAUAAACUGAAGGAAAAAAUGCUACAAACCAUGUACGCCUACAUUUGUUUAAUAUAUCAAACUUUCUCAUCCUUUACUCCCCAGAUAAAGUGCAUGUGAAUUUGGUGAUAGUUAAACCAAACUGCAACUCGAAAUGGACCCUGGUUUAGUUUAUAGUUCCAUAACAACAUUUGAUCCAGUUUGGUUUUUAUUUUUUCCAGUUCAUUUGUAACAGUACCUCAACCAUGGGAGUUGCAUGUAUGGACACAUGAACCUCAGUGGAGAGGUCAUGUACAAAGGAUUUUAUUACAUUUCCUUAA